CCCUCCAUAUUUACAGGACACUUUCCAUGUUCUAGCUUUCAUUUUCCUGAGCUGCAUACGCGGUGAGAAAGUGAGGGAAAGUGGAAGAAACUGAGAGAAAAUUAAUAAAAUAAGAGCGAAAAUAGCAGAGAGAAGAAGAAGGCGAAGGAAAAAAGAAAGCUAGUGAAGCAGAGAGAUAGAAAGUAAAUGAAGCACAUUUUCAAGAAGCUACACAUUGGGAGUAACCACGAGCCACAUCGAUCAAACGAGAUCCCUCCCUCGCCACUCUACACCUCUGAUAACCGUGCUUCCCCCGGAAAUUCUCCGUUUAGUCCUCCUUUAACAUCUUCAUCUCCGGCGUCCACAGUGGCUGCUACGACGAUUUCUUCCGCGGUGAAUAAUUCUAAUGGUAGGACGGACUACUUCUCGUCUGAGGAGGAGUUCCAGGUGCAGCUAGCCUUGGCGAUCAGCUUGUCCAAUUCAGAGUUUAAGGAUGACCAUGAGAAGGAUGAGAUACGAGCGGCGACGCUGUUGAGCUUGGGAGGGAAUCAUCAUCAUCGGAGCGAUAUGGGGAGGGAAAAGGUAGAGGCUGCCGCGGAUGCCUUGUCAAGGCAGUAUUGGGAGUAUAAUGUGCUUGAUUAUGAGGAGAAAGUAAUGGAUGGUUUUUAUGAUGUGUUCUCCACAAGUCCAGGUCCAGCAUUACAAGGAAAAAUGCCAUCUCUCUCAGAUCUAGAAACAAGCCCUGGGAGUUCUGGUUCUGAAGCAGUUAUAGUCAACCAAACAAUUGAUCCUGCACUGGAAGAGAUGGUGCAAGUUGCCCAAUGUAUUGCUUUAGAUUGUGCUGCUACAGAUGUUGGUAUUUUGGUACAGCGGCUUGCUGAACUUGUUACAGGACAUAUGGGUGGGCCAGUAAAGGAUGCUAACAUAGUGUUGGCAGGGUGGAUGGCAAGAAGCACAGAGUUGAGGACAUCCCUUCACACAAGUGUGUUGCCUAUUGGAUCCAUAAAUAUUGGUUUGUCUCGCCAUCGAGCUUUACUUUUUAAGGUGUUGGCGGACAAUAUAAGCUUACCUUGUCGAUUAGUGAAGGGUAGUCAUUACACUGGCAUUGAGGAUGAUGCUAUCAACAUGAUAAAGUUGGAAGAUGAAAGGGAGUUUUUGGUUGAUCUCAUGGCAGAUCCAGGGACACUUAUACCAGCUGAUGUUUUAAGUGUGAAGGACACUACCUUUAGAUCAUAUAAUCCAAACAUUAGUAAAAUCUAUGGCCUCAAUGCUUCUAAUGAAUCUGGAACUGUUUAUACUGGAUCUAAGCCAUUAUCUGGUGAAGGCAGUAGUCAGAACUCUUCAGUGGAUGGUAGUUUGCCUGUGGAUAGAACAUUAGCUGCUGAAAGUGUGGAGUCCUUGGCAUCAUUCUCUGGUGGUAACAGCAAUGCUGUUGUUGGUUCUUCUGGUGUAUCUAGCAGAGCAACUCCCUCUUAUCAACAUGACAAUAUUUCCUCCUCAGUUACUGGGUCUUCUCUAUACAAGGGUAGUCAGGGACCCCAUGGAAUUGGCGAUGCCAUGAGGAUGAAUGUUAAUGUUGUUCCAUGUGGUCAAAAUAGCUCAGAGGCUUCAAAAUUCCUCUUUUCAGAUCUUAAUCCAUUCCAGAUCAAAGGAACUGGAAAAAGUUCUAUGCAGAACAGACCUGCUGAGAACAAAGUGGACUUCCAACGGAAGAAAAAUAAUCCCCUUCCUGGUCGACCCCCUGUGCCAUUGAUGUGGAAGAAUCAAUAUGCACGCAAUGAAAUCCCCAGGAAAAAAGAAUAUGAUUAUAUGGAGGGUCUCUUUCCAAGAAUUAAUUGUGAACCAAAUAAUUAUAAUCAGUUGUCAUUAGCUUCUACUAGUUCUACUAUGUCAAAGAAGGUUUAUUCUCAAGGCAUCAAGUCAUCCAGUAGAGAUGGUGAUGCUAGGAAUACUUUGAAUGUUACCUCUCCAGCUUUGGCACCUGGCAUAAAUCAAUGCCAUCAGUCACCUUUUGUUAAGGAAGUAAACUCAACUGUUAAAGAAGAAAAUCCUAGGGAUGUAAGGAAUUUCACAAAUGAUGCAGAAGUCAUGGUUAAAGAUGAUGAAAAUAGUGAAAUUGGUUUUCAUGAUCAGAGAAAGUGCACAUAUGACAGAUUUUUGGGGACCAAUUUGAAACUAAAGGAACCAGAAAGUCCUAGCUCAUCAAUUGAUUCCACCACUAACAGGAUUGAUCAAAUCUUUGAUGAUGUAGAUGUGGGUGAAUGUGAAAUUCCUUGGGAAGAUCUGGUUAUUGGUGAGAGGAUUGGACUAGGUUCUUAUGGAGAGGUUUAUCAUGCUGAUUGGAAUGGAACGGAGGUUGCCGUGAAGAAAUUCUUAGACCAAGAUCUCUUAGGUGCUGCUUUAGCUGAAUUUAAAAGAGAAGUUCGAAUAAUGCAGAGAUUGCGCAAUCCAAAUGUUGUCCUCUUUAUGGGUGCUGUUACACGCCCUCCAAACCUCUCGAUCAUCACAGAGUUUCUUCCAAGAGGAAGUUUAUACCGAAUUCUUCAUCGUCCUCAUUGUCAAAUUGAUGAAAAGCAUAGAAUAAAAAUGGCUCUUGAUGUGGCUAGGGGUAUGAAUUGCUUGCACACUAGUAUGCCAACAAUCGUUCACCGGGAUUUAAAGUCACCAAAUCUUUUGGUUGAUAAAAACUGGAAUGUCAAGGUUUGUGAUUUUGGGUUGUCACGCUUGAAGCAUAACACGUUUUUGUCAUCCAAAUCAACUGCAGGAACACCCGAAUGGAUGGCACCAGAAGUUCUCCGUAAUGAACCCUCAAAUGAGAAGUGUGAUGUAUAUAGUUUUGGAGUCAUCCUUUGGGAACUUGCAACUCUAAGAUUGCCAUGGAGUGGAAUGAACCCAAUGCAAGUAGUUGGAGCUGUUGGUUUCCAGCAUCGUCACCUUGAAAUCCCCAAGGAUGUUGAUCCCUUAGUUGCAAGGAUAAUUGUAGAAUGUUGGCAGACAGAUCCGAACUUGCGUCCGUCCUUUGCACAGCUUGCAGUAGAUCUCAAGCCCUUGCAGCGGCUUGUCAUCCCAUCACAUCUUGACCAGCCAAGCUCACCUCUGCAGCAGGAGAUCUCAGUAAAUUCUACACCUUGAAUUGUCUCAAUUCCUCAAUUGUGAAUAAGGAGAUAUUCGUGUUUAUUUUGCCUUCUGGAUAUGAACUUCACAAAAAGGAAAACAAGGAGAGAGAUAGAGAGAAUAGAAGAAAAGCUUGUAGUUUAUAGGCCCUGGGUGGUUUGUGCAAGGAAUCUAUGUUUGCUGCUGCCACCCAAAUAAUAGCAGCCUUCUUUUUUGUAUUAGCUUGAUGUCGAGGGAAUAAAAAUUUGUAAUAUAUGUGUAUUAAAAGGCUUUGAAUUUCAAAAUGAUUGGUUAAAGAUUUAAUUGAAAAUUAAAUUUCAAUUUUCAAAAA